AUGUGGUUUCUAGUGUGGCUGUGGAUCAUUCCCUUUGAUAAUUUUGCCUUGGCAGCUUUAGAAUGCUCACAAUUGUGCGCUUCUGGCACCUGCUGCAAGUCAACCGACAAUAAACUGCUCUGUUGUCCUUUUUCUAACGGCAUCUGUUGUGCCUCUGCUAAUAAAUGUUGUCCAUCGGGUACCCAAUGUCAGUCAGAUGGUUUUUGUUCUAAAGCACGCUCUGGAGUAUUUAGUCUUCUCAAUUUUUUCGCAAAAUCUUCGCCACAACAACAAGGCGUUUGCUGCGAAGACGGGAAGCACUGCUGUCCGGCUGAAUACAAGUGUGAUGUUGCUACUCGAUCUUGCCGUCUUUCUCUUUCUUCAAUUUUCAAAAGUAGUCGAAACUGUCCCUUAUCGGACUCAGAUUGCUCUGAUGAUGAAUCCUGUUGUAUCUUAAAAGACGGCAGUAAGGGAUGUUGUCCUUAUCCGAAAGCUGACUGCUGUGCGGAUGGAGCCCACUGUUGUCCUGAGGGAACAGUUUGUAACUCCGACUCGAGUAGUUGUAUUCCGAAGAGAGGAGCCUGGGUGAAUCCCUUCAAAUCCUCACCCAAGUUAUUGGGUCGAAAGAGUGUGGUUUGCCCUGGUGGAAAAUUGGCUUGCAAUAAGGGCUCAACUUGUUGUAAAUCUGCUGCCGGAGAUGAUUCCAGCUAUUCCUGUUGUCCUCACGAAAAUGCCGUUUAUUGUGGUGAUGGAAUACAUCGCUGUCCAGAGGGUUACAAAUGUGAUCUUAGAAACGGUGGUUCCUGCGUCCGCGCUUCAGCCGAAAUCACGAAGAAAUCUAUUGGCGGAAAUAAGUGCAAUGAUGGUCAAACAGUCUGUCCAGAUGAUUCUACAUGCUGCUCCCUCUCAGAUGGCACUUACGGAUGCUGUCCCCUCCCUAAUGCUCUUUGCUGUGAGGACAAGUUACACUGUUGCCCCAAUGGUUAUAAGUGCGAUGUCGCUCAUAAAAGAUGUAUUCACACCAAAAUAAAUUGGUUGACAGUGCCGAUCAGUAAGAAGCUUGUUCCGUACACCGCUUAUGGAGAAGUGAAAAAGUCCGAUUGCAAGCCCAAUUGGACAUCGUGUUCUGCUAACGGUCGCACGGGUUGCUGCCCCCUUAAAGAUGCCAUUUGCUGCUCAGACGGUUUACAUUGUUGUCUAAAGGGUUCAACUUGUCUAGACAAUGGUAUCUGCCUUGUAGAUAUCAAGACUCACGAUUCGCACAAAACUUAUGCGAGAGCUGCGCGUCUCCUGUAA